GUCAGCGCCGCGCUUGAGCUCGUCGACACCGUCUCAUAACUCUCACAGAUUUGGAACAAUUUGCACGGAAACUUCUUCCCAAAGCGCAAACAUUGUGCUUGAAGGUUUGCCGCGAUUGAUAGGGUUGAAUAUCUUAUCGUCACCGUGACCCUACACGAGGAGAACGCGCUUCUUGCGGCCUACUUACACCCUUUUCUCACUCGCUGACCUCCACAUCAUCCUAGUUUUUCCCUCUGACACUCUAUCAUGUUCUCUGGUCUGCUCUGGAGAAAGACACAGACAUCGCCGAGCAUAUCUCAGGAAGGGCCUUCCACCGCAGACGGCGCAAGUCCAAGUCCUAUACCACAGCAGCUCCGCACACCAUCUCCUUCGGAACUCGCUCUUGAUCCUACCAAUGCACCAGCGACGAAAAACUCACCGUCUCGCUCUCUCGCGCACGAGAAUGUCGGUUCGAAUGAGCCUGUCGAGGUCAACUCCGCUCUCGCCUCAAUAAAUCCUGAGACAGAUCCUGAAGGCGCGGUGAAAGCACUGCUGGAGCUACUGCCCUCCAUUCCUGCGAAAACUCUUCACUCGUACACCACGACCCAUCUCAACCACAUCUCUACGGCUCUGUCUAAUCCACCUGACGACUCUCCUAUACCCGCAUCACAAGUGCCAAGCAACCAGAUACCCGCUCUUCUCGCGUUCUUCGCUACCCUUACGCCUCCCCCGCAACUGCAUUGCGUGAGAUGCCACAAAGAAUAUACCGAGGUUGAAAAUAAUGAUAGGAGCUGCUUGGUGGCGCACGAUGAUGAGAGUGCCGAAGUAGAGAGGGUAGGGAGGAGUAGAGUUGUUGGAGAAAUCGGAACCGAGUAUGAGACGAUCUGGAAUUGUUGCGGGAAGACGGUUGAAGGUGAUGGUGACCAGGGUCCUCCGGACGGCUGGUGCUACGAAGGCAAACACACUACCGACAUCAAACGCGCUCGCUUCCGAGCUGACUCCACACCCCUCAAUGACAAGCUUGUCUCCUGCCUCAGGCGCAACUGCCACAAUGUUCGCUCACAACUUCCUCGCUCGCGCUCCUCUCGCGCUGCCGCCGUGAACAAUAAAAAACGCCCUCGUUAUGCCGAAGAAGACGAUGAGUCCGAAGAAGACGACGACGAAGGGGACGAAGAUAGCGGCGUGGACGAAAUCGUGGGUGGCGUGAAGAGUUUAGCCGCUGCAGCCAAGGGGUCUACCCUCGGCAUGGGUGCAAAGGGCAAGGGUAAAGGGCCCGCCAAGAAGAAAGGAGGAGAGAACUCGGUGGAAGGGUCGGUGAAGAAGAGGGCUAAGAUCACGAAGGAUGCCAAUAAGCCUCUUAGCACGUCGACGACGAAAGCCAAGGCGGAUGAGGACGCUGAGAUGGGCGGAGUCGAUGAUCAACCUUCGACGGCGCCACAGACUCCACCGAAACCCCCUCCCAAACCACGCGGUCGUCCGAAGAAGAAGCCUGCUGUUGAGACAGCACAGACAGACGUGGACGAACCUGUUCCACCGACAGACGCGGACACACCCCAAGCGAAGCCUAAGAAACCCAGAGCGAAACCGGGGCCGAAACCAAAGUCGAAGGCUGCCGCUAAUGACGGUACCGACACUCCUGGAACCUCGACACCUAAGACGACGCCAAAGACCGCGAAACCGAGGUCAAAGAAGGCUGUGAAGCAAGCGGAGAACGAGGACGACGGAAAUGUGGCGGAUGAGAGUAUGAUGGUUGAUGGUGAAGAUGGGCCGGAUAGUGCAGCUGGGCCGGCGAAGAAAAACAAGGAAGACCCAAAGAUUGUGGUCCAGAUGAGGGCAAAGGCGAAGGUGAAGAAGGCUCAGAGCGGUGGAGCUUGAAUUGUACGCCGUUGCUCGUUCGGUGGAUCGUUGAGGUUGUUCGUGCCUUGCAGCGCGAGAGUUUGGUUAUUUUCUCCUAUUUUCUAAAUAUAUCCUCCUUGUAUCAGGUUCUUGGGCGAACGAUACCGGUACGCUCUUGUCAAUUUUCACCCUUCAUGCUCGGAGUCUGUCUGUCAUUAUGAACCCUUACAUACCGUUUCCUUUGGUUCGUUACGAUAUGUCCUACACAAAGUGUUUCUCUCCUCCGAUUUAUUCUCGCUCGCGUCUAUAUAACUUAUAUUUACUGCCGUCCCUUUACUUCUCUCACUUCCACUCCGACCCUCUGGGUUUUCUCUUCGUCUUUAUCCAGCCACGUUGAUCGCGCUCACUAGAUGGUCCUCACCUGUUCAAGGACAUACAGUGGCACCACACUCGGAGGUUUUCGGAACCACUGAUUCGCCGCUUCGACGAACGUAAGCGGUUCUUCGCAUCCCUCAAGCAUCCCUCCUCCAUCGCCUACCCGUCUUUUC